AUGAAGGAAGUCCAAAGAAGACGAUUGUAUGGCAGAUACAAGGAUAGAAUACUGGAUAUUAACGAUCCUGAAAUUGCUCGGGCUGAGGCUAGUAUGGUUGAAACUUUAGACGAAGCUGCAAGACAAAAUUAUGAACGUGCUAGAUUAUUUCAAGAAGCAUAUCCACCAGAUAGUAUUCCAACAGAUAUUACAUUAUCACAAUUUCUUUCAAUUCAAGAGAAAGGUGUGUCGGCUUGGGAAUUUGAACCUGACCUUCAUCAUACAAAUUGUUUUGUGGAAGGUCGUACUGAGAUUGCUUUUUAUGAUGGUGAAUGUUCUGUUCAAACUAACCUUCCAUUACCAAAACAACAAGAAGUUUAUUACUGGGAAGCUAAAAUGUUUGAAAAACCCAGUACUACAACUGUUUCUGUUGGAUUAGGAACAAAGCCAUAUCCAUUAUUCCGAUUACCAGGUUGGAAUCGUCAAUCUGUUGCUUAUUUUUCUGAUAAUGGUUUUAAAUAUUAUAAUUCACCAUUUAAUGGUAAAACUUAUGGCCCACAAUUUCAACAGGGUGAUGUAGUUGGAGUUGGAUAUCGCCCAAGAACCGGCACAGUGUUCUUCACACGUAAUGGCAAAAAAUUAGAUGAUGCAUUUACAGGGAUGAAAAUGAAUUUAUUUCCAACUGUUGGAGCUAACGGACCUUGUUCAGUACAUGUUAAUUUUGGACAGUUAGGAUUUGUGUUUAUUGAAGCAAAUGUUAAAAAGUGGGGCUUAGCACCUACCAUGGGUACACUUGCACCACCACCUGCCUAUGGAUCUGAAAGGGGAUCAAUUUUACUAGAGUCAAGUACACGUGGUCGACCUUCAGAAGAUACUCCACGCCUACAAUAUACGCAUAUUGAUACUGGUAUUAUUUCAAAUCCACCACCUGAAGCAGCUCUAGAUAUUUCAUUAUCCGAUAUUACUGUUCCACCACCAUCAUAUUCAUCAGUAGACAGAUAUUAUCGACCCAGAGACUCAUUUACAUCUGUUGUGUCUGAAAACUCCGAGACGUAUUUAUUAUCAGGAGAUCAAUCUGACAGUAGAAGAACAAGUUACGAAAGUUCUUCUAGAGAUCACUAA